UGUCCAAAAUGUCUCUCCUAUCCCGCUUCCGCAUUCUCCCCCUUUUCCCCAAAACUUGCCCCCUUAUUUUCUUUCGCAACGAAUCUCAGGGUGACGACUCCGCAGAGAAGACGGAUUCUAAGAAAUCCUCCAGUCAGGAGCCACGCCGCUACUCCCCGUUUCGGCCCAAGAAUAGGGUUGAGUGGGUGAUGGCCCGUCUGGAUGACGUGUUGAACUGGGGCCGCAAGAACUCCCCGUGGCCCAUGACCUUCGGGCUGGCUUGUUGUGCCGUGGAGAUGAUGCACAUCGCGGCCCCUCGCUACGACAUGGACCGGUACGGCGUCGUCUUCAGGGCUUCCCCACGUCAGACCGAGCUGAUGAUCGUGGCGGGAACCGUGACCAACAAGAUGGCGUCGGCGGUGAGGAAGGUCUACAGCCAGAUGAGCGAGCCCAAAUGGGUGAUUUCGAUGGGCAGUUGCGCGAAUGGAGGAGGAUAUUACCAUUAUUCGUACUCGGUGGUGAGAGGAGUAGAUCGUAUUCUUCCUGUUGAUAUUUACGUUCCGGGAUGUCCUCCAACUGCUGAGGCCCUGAUGUACGGAAUUUUGCAGUUGCAGAGGAAGAUUAAGAGACACAAUGCGGUGCAGAAUUGGUAUCAAAAUCGCAUAUAGAUCAAGUUUAGUAUGAGUUUUUUUUUUUAAUAUUGUAAUAAAUGCAGGCUUUCAUUACUUUCAUUGCUUUAAAAUUUAAUUGUAAAUGAUUAGAUUACAGUCUUCAGUUGUGUUCACUUUCCUGCAAUCAGGUCAAAAUGUAUGUCUAAAAUUGAAGAGGUUAAUUUCAGGUGGCCAUUUUUUCAAGGCUCGUUGCGACCUCUUGCCGUCACCCAAUGAACAAAUGAUGCGCGGGAGACAUCCGGCAACCCCGCAACUGUCAAAUACGUGUAUCGUAGUGGUCAAUGACCGAUCAGAUAUCGAUUACGGGUGACCUUAAUAAAGAAACUCAGUGUAUAUUUUUCCUAGAUUUGGUCUGAUGUGUUUUCACGUAAUAUUUUCGUUGGCAUUUUUACGAAAAAUGUGUUUUUGUUGACAUUCGCAGCUACUACGGACAAGGAACAUUAUAGACCAAGUAAAUACCAUAUGCAUCCAUAUCCAUAAUACAAUUUUUACGUUAAAACAGAGACAAGCUUGAAAAUAUCAAAGCCAGUGCCCUGCUACCAGUUCCAAUCCUGUAAGAUUUUAAAUAUGUAUAUGCAACCAAGUAUACACAGAAAUGACUCGGAAUAAUCCACGAAAGUAUUUUCUAAAAGUUUUUUUGAACUGUUUAUGUUCUCGGAGAUAUUUUAACGUAGAUUUGUGUUUUGGACUUUUUUUUUUCUAAAAAAAAAAUCAGCAGCAGAUGUCAGGUCUUAGCCGGCCAUACAUGAAUCAAUAAAUAUUGGAACACAAUAAUCUUGCGUUUUUCAUGUGAGCGAGGCCUGAAGGAAUGUAUA